GCUAGCUUUGUUGUCUCUUGGCGAUGUCACCUUUGGAUUUUUCACGUUAUGCAAAACAAUGUGCGGUUUGCGAAUAUUUAACAAAUUUCUACUUUUAAAUUUGUUUUGUACUUUAAUCAUUGCUUUUGAGCGUCCACAAAUUUUCCAGUACUACCGAAGCACCAAGUACACAGAUUCGCGGCGUGGUGGAAAGAAAUUUUUCGAAAAAUUGCCAAAUGGCAUGAAUAUGUUUGAGACGAAACCACGUCCGCCAAAGCGUGAAACAAAACUUGCUAACGCCUACUAUUAUAAUGUGUCCAACAGCGGCAAUACGGCGGUCGCAGUAACGACCAACAAACCACUGACUACAUUACAACCAAUUCCAUUUAUUGAUGCUGACUUUAACCGCUUAUUUGGUAAUAUAAAAAAUGAGAUCGGUAUAUCAGUGGAGCGACGAGAGGGCUCCUUUUGUCGUCGUAGCUUUGAUGGCAGAGCCGGGUACUGCGUUUUGGCGCAUCAAUGUCUACAUGCCAUUAACAAUUAUCGUGUGCAUCGUUCAAAGUUAGAUGUGUGCUCGUAUCGUCAAAAUAUACCGAUAAUCUGCUGUCCAUUGUUUGUGAAGCAUGUGGAGAUCAAAAGCCCCAGCGCAAGAAAAUGUCAGCAAUAUAAUGACAAAGUCGAAGGAGUCAAAUUCGAUUUUCCGCGCAAGUUUUCUGGGAAAACCUGUGUACCAAGUUUGCCGCUAAUUGUAGGCGGCCAAAUCACCAAUGAAGGCGAAUAUCCACAUAUGGCCGCAUUGGGUUGGUCUCAAGUGGACGAGGACAUAAGAUGGGGUUGUGGCGGUUCAUUGAUAAGUGAGUUGUAUGUGCUCACAGCAGCUCAUUGUGCAACCUCAAGCGUAAAGCCUCCUGAUGUGGUGCGUCUAGGUGCGUUUAAUCUUGAUGAAAUCUCAACUGAUUUACAAGAUAUUGGCGUAGCAAUCAUUAUAUUGCAUCCGCAGUAUAAAUCAUUCUCCCACUAUCAUGAUAUAGCGUUGAUAAAACUGGAGAGUAGAGUGCAAAUAACUUCGAAAGUGCAACCAGGCUGUCUUUGGCAAUUACCUGAUCUAGAUAUUGCCACUACGGUUGCCACUGGCUGGGGACGCACCGAGUUUCGUGGCUCACGUUCCGAUAAGCUACAAAAGGUGGAGUUAAGCAUGAUUGACCAGAAUGUGUGUAAAAAACUAUAUAACAAAGAACGUCGUUUACCAAACGGUAUUACGGAUGAACAAUUUUGUGCCGGUCAUAUGGCUGGAGGAAAGGAUACAUGUCAAGGAGAUUCCGGUGGACCGCUGCAUGCUGAAUUACCGGAAAUGAAAUGUGUAAAGUUUAUUAUUGGCGUAACUUCGUUUGGUAAAUUUUGCGCUAAACCCAAUGCACCGGGAGUCUACACAAAGGUUUACCCAUACCUGAAAUGGAUCGAGAGCAUUGCGUUUAAGGAAAACUAAAUGUUCAUAAAAUCUUGUGAAAGUUGGCAUAGAUGAAUUUAAAUUAUUGCUGCACUCAAUGAUAACUAUUUAUUUGCAUUACUAAUUGUACGUCCCCUUGUAUCUUAUACAUAUAUGUACUUUGUGUGCGUAUGCAAUAAAUUUUUGUAAAAUUA